AUAGUCUAAAUAUCUAAGUACCUAUAUUAUGGCUAAGUAUUAUUAAAACUUAUAAAUGGCUUUUCAAAGUCAAAACUUUAAACUUCAAUUCAACGUAAUUUAAAAAAAAUAAAGUUUUACUGUAAUAAAUAUUUAUUAUGUUCGUUUAGACUUAGUUUAAACUGUGAUUACAAUUUUACUGUAGCGGAUUGCAAUAGGUAAAUUUAUUUUUAUUUCACAUUUAGCCACUGAAAAUGCCAGGUUCCAAUCGCCUGUCAUGUGGAGAGCUUUUUUAUUUAGUUUCAUUAGACGUAAAAUCGUGCUGUCAGUGAUUUUUGGCUGCUCAUUAACAUACUGUAUUGUCAGUUUCUUAUUGAUUUCACCCAGACGUACAGACACAUGGCGUGUUCCAAGAAAAUUAGAUCACAGUGCUUUUGUUUGGAUGUCAGCCGAAGUCGAUUUGAACAACUCAUCACUUCAAAGUUGUCGGAAUACUGUACAAGGCAAAGAAUAUAUAGCAGAUGACAGAGGUUACAUAUGUCGAAGAGACGAUCUCCUCGCGAACAACUGCUGCGGAACCACCGAAAAACGUUAUGUGUGCGACACGUGCAACGCGGAUGGCUGUUGUGUGCURUACGAACAGUGCGUGUCGUGUUGCCUCAAUCCGAAUAAGAGGAAAUUGUUACAAACCGUGCUGGGCAAGGCUUCGGAGACCUUCCGCGUUCUUUUUUCGGUGAUCAACAAUCACUUCGAAUUGUGCUUGGCCAAGUGUCGAACGAGUUCUCAGAGCGUACAACACGAAAACGCCUACCUAAAACCGAACAAACACUGUUACACUACCGCCGACAAAGUACCCUGACCGCAGCAGCAGUUGGACGACAUCACGCCGAAUUUUUUAUCGACUGCAUUCCUAUAUUAUGUGCACGUCAUACUAAUCGUGCUGGGUAAGUGCAAUAAAUUAAAUCGCAAACUGUUCUUGAUCAUCCACAGUGAUCACGACGUAAAGUUUGACAUAUCCUCCCCGUGUCCAGCUCAUCAUCUUGAUUGUUUUUUUUUUCUGUGACUCGAUUUUGUCAAGACUAUAUAAUAUUGUUACAUUGGCAUAUUAUGKCGUUGAAAACAAGUUGGUGUAUAAUGUGCAAUUAGGAAAUAAAAAUUAUUUUAUUAAUUUUAAAACAUUUUUAGAAGUUAUAUUGAUGAUUAUAUAUUUUAUAGUAAUAGAUUAUAAUAAUUUUAAUUGCUGGUGUCAUUYAUUUGU